GUCAGAGCAGCAUCGCUGCAGACGGCCACAUCGACGUUCUGUCUCGGAGCUAAUAUCUGCAAGUCGCGUCAUGGUACCCGACUCGCGGUGAAUUUCGCGCUGUCCUCUGUUUGUUAGCUCGCAUCCGUCCCCGAUAAUAUCGUUCAUGAUUCCUGUACUCAGUUUGCCAUUGGUUCGGCGACGUCACGGCCGAAAUCUUGCAUUCCAAGUUAUAUCGUCGUGAGUGCAAAGUUAGAGUGUGAGAAUUGUCGAGGGAAAGCAGGGCACAGAAUUGCUCCGUGACCAAAAAUACAAGAUGCUCUUAUGCGAAAUCGAUGACCGUCGUCUUUUGCUCCGGUUUUCUCCUUCGCUGGAUUCGCACUCGGAUGCAUAUCGAUGAUAUGUGCACACUCUUCCACGUGACCGCCGAAAUCUUGUCGAUCACGUUAUCCUGCUGGGUGGUUUCAAAGUGUGUUGUACCUCAAAGCAAAAGAAAAGAACUGCGGCUAUGUCCAAUAAGAGGGUUCCCCCCUGGAAAGGGUUUCCAGACAAGCGAGCUUUUGGAGAAAAAGAAAAUUCGAUGUAUUCGGACCCAUGGUGUCGUGGGGAGCUCAGAUUCUCCCAAAAGUAGGAGGUGAUUAUUUGGAUGAUGUUGUGUGAUGAUGUUUACAGAUGCUUUCAUGAUCGUCACCUCACAUGUAACGUGCCAGGAAGUCGGGUCGCAAAAUUUCGUGCUUUUUUCUGCCUGUUGGUGACAGAGUUGUGGACGCUGAACUCGAUUUGUGUCUUCGGUGUCCUUCGCGUCAACGUUGGAUAAUCAUUCAUGAGGCUACUUCAACUGCGUUGUGGACCUGAUCUCACAAAAGUCGCUCUUCGAUCUUUUUCCGUAUCGACAUUCGUGUCGAAAGCCUUUCUUUCAUCCACCUUGCAAGAAGACGCUUGAAUCUUAUCGCAUCCGGAGUGCGCGGUGGUUGCUCAGGCUCCCGGCCGAGUCUUUUCGCAACUAAAGUAGUAUGAAAGUACGUGAAAAGAAGAGAAGAAACCCCAGUGCACAAUGAACUCUUAGAUUUUCUGCAUUUUUCAAGAGAGGUUCUACAAGGUUCCUACAAUCAACUUGAUGUUUCUGCAAUAAAUGUACUUCCUGCUAAUUCAGGGCUCCAAGAAAUUGUUCACUCAAAAGGACUAGCUUGCUAAGUGUAUCAUCAUCGCGUCUCCAGGUCGUUCCAGUAGGACCAACCUCAAUAAUCCUGUGACAUGCCUUACGUUCUAAGGAGAAACAGUUCAGAAGAUAGUUAUAUAACCACAUGACAUAUAACCAUAUGACCACUCAUUUUGAGCAGAUUGGCUAAUAAAAAAGCAGUGAAAAUUUUCCC